UAAAUCGUGAUAAUAAGCCAUUUGUGAAUUUGAGAGUAAAUAAAACAAUUUUAAAACAGAAAAAUACUUAAUUUGAAGUCGAAAUGGCUAAGGACAUUCUUACAGACAACCAGAUCUGUGAACUAAAUCAAACAAUACAAAAUGGGGAUGAAAAAUAUUUGUGUUUCACUACUUUCGAUUUACAAUGGACGAUUUGUGUCACGGAUGGUGUAAAUGUUUGGAGAUUAUCUGUGGACGAAGACGAUUUUCAGACCCACAAAGAAUUGACUAACAUCGAUAAAGAUGACGCUUUCUGCUCUAAAAUCAGGAAUGGAUUUGUGGCAGGAGACAUUUCUGUAGCCAAAGUUGGAACCAAGAUGAAGUUGUCCAUUGGUAAAGGGACCUCCUCCAUAGCUUUCGAUCUGUAUGAAGCCAAAGCAGCGGACAAGAAAACCGACAUGAAAAAUGUUUUAUUCAGAUUGGCAGAGAAAGCAAUUAAUCUGGAACAAAAGCUGUCCGUAGCAAACCAGAAAAUUGACAAACUUCAGUUAGAAAAGUCAGCUAAUAAGGGAACUAAUCCUAUUUUUGAUACUGGGUCAAAAAGAGGGGCAGCAGCGUCGUCCAAGGCAAAGCCUAAAAAGGCUGGAAUGAGUGUUGUGAAUCCAAAUAGUAAAAAAAGGAAGGCUGCAACGGGUGUCGUAUUCGACUGAAACCUGUCAAUACUUUAAUACAAAAUCAUUUAUCAUCAUUAUAAUAUCUUUAUCAUUUUGGAUAUCGUCGUAACUUUGAUUAAAUAUUAAAGAUUUUUUAACCCUC